CUCUAGUAUCUUGUUUUCACCGUCCUGUAGUUGCGAGUCCUUUCUCGGUCCAAUGGAUCAGAAAAACAUAACGUUCGUGUAGUUGACUCGGAGGUCCGCAUUCGCCCGACGCCGACUCAGAGGACCCGUCCAGGAUCAGUUCCGGGGAACUACUUCGAAGCAGAAGAUCUCUUGCAUCGCGAAGCAGUGAUCAUGCGAACUGGUCGGGCACAAAUAUAGAAUCGAAUCCGAACUCGCCUUCAUUAUGCCCAGCAGCAGUGGCAGCAGUUAUACCAGAAGUGGCACCGCUCCAACCAGUGCAGCCACUCCAACCAAGAACAGCUGCGCAACUACUUUUCCCUUCUUCCCCUACCCUGCGCUGGGCGACGUGGACGGGGUUUACUUUUUUAGCAUCUACUUCGCACAGGGCUUGCAGCGGACCGGGCUACUCUACUUGCGCUCGCAGGUGACAGACUGGAGUACAACCGGAACCGAUGCUCCUGUCGUUCAUUCUGUUGGUAUUAUCGCGAGUAAAAAAUGCGAUUGCGAUUGCCCCACCCCAUAAUCUGGUCUCCUAGACAAAUCCAGAAGUUUUGGUGCUAAAAACCACGCAUAACAAGCGUGAAUAGUACGUAGUGUAGAAGUGGCCAUCUCCGGGGUAGUUUUAAGCUAGUGUGGCCGCAUCAUAAAAUGAUAGCCUUGCCCCCUAAUUAUUACCAUGGGUAAAAUGAUGUGCACUUGGAGCAUGUUGAGCAAUUUCGAAAUUUUAGGACGAUGGUGAAUGAUUGAAAACACUGCUCAUUCGGCUGCACAUGACACACAUUCAUCUGAGCAUGGUGAUAUUGAUUUGCAUGACAAAUCCGUAGUAGUUGUGGCGGUCGGGACGUUUUUACACGGGACAGUUCGAGGCAGCGACGAGUCGUCCGAGAAUGCAGUCAAGAACGCGGCUAGUGAUGGGACCAGCAACGCGUACGCAGACCUCAGCCGGCUCAACUCGGUGCUUCCCGGCAUUGGUUCGGCGGUGUGGCUGCUGCGACCCUUCUUCUGCUUGCUGGCAGAGCGCGGGCUCGGGAUCUUCAGACCUGACAAAAAGCACAUGACUGUGUCGUCUUUAUCUAGAAGAACGCCAGGCCAUCUGAAGCUACCACCCGCUCCUGAAGAUCAAGAUUACAAAGCGAAGAAUCAAUUUUAUGCUCGCUGCUACCUGACCCGCUACGGGUACAGUGUGUUUUUUCUCACUUCUGUGAUUGGGCUCGGCUGGAUUUUGCUCAGUUUAUUUGAGUUUACGGCCCACACGAACUGGUUCUUCGUCUGUGUCGCGGUGUCGUCGAUCCCGUUCACCUGCCUCGACGGCCUCAUCGACGGGCAAUGUUGCCGACUGACCGCUAAGCGGAAGAACAGCGAAUACUCGUUGUUCUGCGAAUGGGGCCGGGUGCUUGGGGCGCUGCUCGCGACGGCAGUUGCGAAUGGAGAUGUGUUUUGGAGCGGUUUGGACCUGAUGGUACGACUUUACAACCAAAACCCGCACGAUGGAGGAAGUAGUAGUGCAGCUACUAGUGGUACUGGUACCACAAUCACCGAGGAAGGUUCAAUAGCAGGACCUUCAGAAGGCACCACUCUUUCAAUGCAGCCUACUCACGACCCCACCGACAGUAGAACCAAGUACCAAGCCGUCUACUCCAUUCUGGGCACCUGCUGGCUCGCCUUGGCGGUAAGUCUCGCGGUGUUUGUCGGACGUCCCUGGGAGCAGGAGCUUCUGGUCGUGCAGGAUGAAGAGCAAGACGAAGUUGAUGUGCAUCUUGAACAAACAACCAGAAAGGAAAAUGUGAAUAAAAUCUGCGACGAAGGUGAUAAAAUAAUAGAGCCAGAAAAUACUGCCCUUGCCGGCAUUCUCAGAAGUCCUGCCAGUGCUGUGGUCGCUGCGACGGAUUAUGAAAACGAAAACACGAUGUUGAAACCCGCACGCACAAACAAAGCAAAUGCUGAAGCUGUCGUGGUGGCGCCACUUGGCGACGCAGGGGAAAAAGAAGAAGAAGAAGAAGAAGAAGUAGUAGUAGAACCAGACAAAAAUUGUUAUAGAAGCCUGCGGCCAGGAUCUUCUGGGUCAUCGUCUAUAGAAAAUUCGACGGCCAAGAAGAAGAGCCUGAACAACAACCCCCUUCUUGCCGGGGCGAUCACCAGUCUAGUUCUCGUCUGUCCGGACGCGGAUUUUUUUCUUUUUCGAAAGCACGUCCUGGAUAUGACGCCCGGGGGGCAGUCGAUCUGCGGAAACCUGGGGACGGUUGGGUGGAUCGUCGGGCUCUGGGUCUUUCGGACACUGGUUUUGAGAAGACAGGACGACGUCGAGGAACACCAGCAUCGAGGGACACAACUGGAACUGCAUGACGAUAAACAUAAUUCAAAACCCUUGACGAAGCCGAGGACACCGUCAUAUCGUCUGCCGCAGCAAUGCCGGACCGCGCUGCUGCUUUGGUUGCUCAUUUCCACACUUCCCUGGUUUUUCUACACGCACGUACACGUGUAUUUCUCUGUUUUUGAGAAACUCUUUUCCGAAUGCGCACGGUGCUGCAGUUUCAUGCUGUGCAACCUCCUCAUGCAGCACGCGGUGGCAGUGGCGAAAGAAAACAGUGCAGCAAAUAAACCAAAAUCAAAAGAAUCAUCUCCUUCCUCUACUGACGCUUUCGUCGCCACAAAGUUUGCGGUGUUGCAGGGAUCCGGCGCUGUGGCGCUCUUUGUCGCAAGGAACGUAGACUUCUAUUUGCUCGACUUCUUUGAAAUAAAAACAUUCCAAGAGCGGAGCUUCUCUUUCCUGCUCUGCGUCUAUUCGUUAGCGCGCAUUUGCUGCGCUUUUUUGAUCCUGUUUCUCCUGGUGCCGAGAUUACAGCUCGGAAUCAAUAAAUUGUGAUUCAGCCACAGCCCAGCAUGAGGAAUAUGAAUGAUGAAGACUGUAGUAGAGCUGUGUGACCGAAACUGCUACAGUGUUAUAGUGAAAAAAUGUGAUGUAGUGCCCACAACUUACUAGAGGAUGUUCUGCACAAGAAAUAAAAGAAUCUCGUGCAGGUUUGGUAGAUCUCCUUAUUACAACACUUUUAACAAGCGUUUCGGUGUAGCUGUAGGGUAGCUGCACCUAUCCCACGGCAGGCAGGGGCGGGACCGAAAUUUCCUUUUCAUAUUUUUGCAAUGAGGCAAAAGAACAAGCAACAG